AAACCAAAAGAACAUCGUGGAUAUUCCCUGUUCGUUAUAAACAUGCCGUCGAUUAUAUUUUUGGUUCUUGUGUUCAGCUGGAAUGGGUUUGAAACUGGAUAUGCGGAAGGAAUACAUGACUUGUUCGUGCAGUUACUGGAAAAUAAUUCUAUCGAAGUUCAGGAAUCACUAGAAGGUCAGAAGCAAACAGAUAUGACAACAGCUCGAGAAUGCCUUGAAAGUGUCGGUCUAUCCAACAUGUGUUUUCGGAUAAAAGAUUCAGCAUAUCAAUUCUGUCUCGUGAAAGAUACAUUGGCAGAUGUCCAAGCAUACGCCGGCACUUUGCAGACUUUUGUUGGAGAUGUAUUUUGCAGUGCCUGUUGUUCUGUGGUAGAAAAAGACAGAAACCUCUGUAUAUUGAGACUAUGCAGGGAUGGUCUAAAAUGCUGACUUAUAGUCGCUUACAGAAGGAAACAACGUUUUGGCUUGUUAUUUGUAUAUUUCGUAUCAGAAUAUAAGACAUAGGAAGA